GGCUUCAUAUUUUUUGGUUAAACAUAUUUAUUGUUUUGAAAAUGAUUUUAUACAAUAGUUCCAUUUUCUAUCAAAGUGUCAACUGUCCACUUUAAAUCAAAGUAUUGUUAACAAACAAAAAGUCAUGAAAAAAAUUCACAAUCGACCGAUUCAAAUUCGAAAACAUCCUUUCAAGAAUUCCAUCACACAAUCAUAUUCACACAUUUUGUGUGCAUGGAAAAGGUUAUUCGUUUGAAAAAUGUUUCCGAGGUCCAUGAACGAAGUCAUCAUUCUAAUCAGUCGAAAAAAAAAUGUUUAAAAGAAAAAAGUCAAAGUCCGUUGUUAUCCGAACGAUUCGGUCGACAGUUGAUUUCUACAUGAAGUUGAUUUCGAACAGGAGUGAAAAAUUCUCUUGAAACUAGUUUGACAUUUGGUUGUUUUUUACCGCUGCAAGUUCGAACAUACAGACACUGUAUACUUCAAAAUCAUUCAUACACAUACACAGCGACAUAACGACGAUUGACACACCAAUCUAUCUCAUGAUAGACAUAGCACACUUGAUGCACGCACACACAUUGACGCAUGUUACAUGCCACAACAUCGUAUCGUGCCGUUAGACCGCAAAAGCAACGGGUAAACACGAGACCGUCGACACUGGUGUGUUCGCACUCAUACACAUACAUAGGCGCGUGUGCACGCCAAUGCCAAAAACCAUACACAAACACACCAUACGCACCCAUACAAUUGCAUUGUGCUAUUGCGAAGUAGAAAAAUAAAAACAUCAACUUCAGGCGAAUAAAUGAGCGAAUUUUUGAGCAUGCGUACGCAUUGAACGCCAUUAUAAUUAGAGAAAUUUUAUGGUAUUGAAAACAAGUUUCACAUCGUUCCACGUAUAUUUUGUAAAUAUACAAGUAAAACACAGAUAAUAUUGAAUUCGCGAACGAUCUGUUGUUUAGUUUGUUGAUUUUGUCCAAUUGUUGUAUAUUUUUUUUGUCGAUCGUGUCCGGAAGUUGGCGAAUUCUCAACGAUUUUCGGGUGAUUUGAUAACAUGAGCUACACCUCAAGACCUCCGUUUACGGGUGGCAUGUCGAACCAAAAUCAGCAACAACAACAACAACAACAACAACAACAAGGGGGUCAACCGAAUAAUGCGAAUAUUGGGGCCAGUGGUAUUCCAAACAUACCAAUGAUUAACAAUGCUGCAUCAAUACCUGGCAAUCAUUUGGCAAAUUCGAGUGGAUCGCAAAUGUCUGUGAUAGAUCAGAAAAUCUUUCAACAACAAUUAUUGUUGCAACGUCAACUGUUGAUGCAAGGUCAGCCAUACCAGCAGCAACCGCCACCGCAACAGAAUCAGCAGGUGAAAUUUCAACAGCAGUCCAACCAAACUCAAGCUUUGAAUCGGAUAGUGAGUGAGAUGAUGAUUGACAAGAAUGGCGCAACCAAUGUGGCGCAACAAACGCAAUUGCAACAAAUCGUGCAUUUACAGGCUCUGAAUAAUAUGUUGCAAUAUCAAAAGGUGGUACAUCAGCAGAAAUCAUUCCAACAGCAACAGCCGGUGCCAUUGCCCACAAACACCACAAUCACACCAGUGGCACGACAAAAUAUGCAAUCGACGCAAAAGCCGCCCGUCAAUUACCCGAGAUCCAAUGUGCAAACUAAGAAUUUAUCGCAGAAUGUGAGCUCCAGCCCAAUGCAAUCGCGUAAGAGCUUUCCGAAUGCCCCAAAAUCGGCCGUGCCACAGAUGCAGGCCGGAAUCGUUGCCGCUCCACUGAACAUAUCGAGCAGUUCGGUGAAGUCGACCCUACCUCAAAUGCCAUCGGCGAUGACAUCAGCGGCCAGUUCGGCCAAAGGAUAUGCCGACAUUUUGGCGGCCAGCCUGAGCAAUUCACAGGCAAGCAUGAAGAUCACGCCUAGUUUGACAAUUACAAAAACCAGUUCGCCAUCAAGUUCAACAUCGUAUGCGAAGAAUAGCAAUGUUUUGCCCAACAAACCAGCGUUGUCACCAUCAAUGCCCAAAUCAUUUCUACCUGAAGCAAUAUCGAUGUCUCUCGGGAAUGUACCACUUUCAGUGAAAGCAUCACAGCCACCGUCCGUCACUGUUACGCCGACCAAUAAACCACACAUUUCUCCGACCAACAAAGCGAUUCCAAUUACUCCAUUAAAGACAAAUUCGCCGCAAAACGUCCCUGGCUUACAGAAACUAUCACCAACGUCGCCACGAACCAAGCAAACUCCGCGCAAAAACACGAAUCCAAUUCGAACGACGUCUCUGUCGCCAGCAACACAAACGUCUUCACAAUCAGCUGUGCCUCACGUUGAAAUGACCGCGCCAUCGGUAUCGAUAAGCCCAUCGUCGGUGAAACCAACUGUUCCACCCGCAAAUGCAACUGUAGCAAAACCACCGAGCAUAAAUGUGGUGCCUCCGACACCACCAAAAGCAAAUGUACCGGCUUUGGUGGCGCCAGUAACACAGGCCACCGCCAAACCACCCCAAUUGACGCCAUUGAGUAAUUUGAAUUCGGCUAACGCCAAACCAAAUGUUGUAACACCAAAAAUUGAGACAUCGCCCACAUCAAGCAACGCCAAACCCAUCAAGGUUGAAGAUGCAAAGAGCGUUGCCGAAGUGAAGGUUGAGAAAACAGAAAAAGUGGAAACGAUCAAGACCGAAAACGUGAAAGUAGAGAAGAUAGUUAUGGACACGAUAAAAACUGAGAAACCAUUGGCUGCAUCAAACAGUGCAGCAUCGGCACCAAAAACGCCACAGCAGAUCAAACCAGCAGAAUCAAAAAGCAAACAAACGGAAUCACAAAGCGCCACAAUCACACAAAGCAACACAAAUCAAAGUGAAGCAAAAGCAACAAAAGAUAAAAUUAAAGAAGCGACAGUCGCAAAAUCAUCGACAGAUCAAACAACUAAGACGCCCGUUGCAAAAUUAGCAAACGCCUCGUUAAAACGGGCAACAACACCAACAACACCGGUUCUGUCCGGCUCAGUCGAUGUUCGAGCGAAAAGGAAUCGCUUCAAGACCAUUCCUUAUCAGAGUCCAACGCCCGAAAUCGAACUAGUUAGCAAAAUAAGUGCGGCCGAGGCGAUCAAUGCGCACAAAAAGAAGGCAAAAAUUGAAAAGGAAGACGAUAAAUUGACAUUGUUUUACAAGAAUGAGUUUUUGGCGGUGCGAAAUGCAGACGGUGGCUUUUUCCUUUGUCAGGCAAUGAACAAUGUGUACAAAUCAUCACCAAAAAUUCGAAUUCGUUGGCUGUCCGAGGAGGCAACGAGCAAAAACAUUUAUUGCUUAGAUUUUUAUGAUUCCACCGAUAUUGAGUGCGUUUUGACCAGUGUUUCGCUGAAUAAAAUGGCUAAAGCGAAAUUCCAACUGACCAAAAGCGAACAAGAUCGCAUUGAGAGCAUUUUGAAAAAGGCGCUCGAUGUUGAAAAGGGAAUUGUUGAACGGCCAGAUGUUACCGAAGAGAACCCAGACGGAUUGGAUCUUUCCUUAUACAAAAAUGAAUCGCAAAUUGAGAGUAAGAAAACUUCUGGCAAACGCAAAGCCAGCGCAAUUGCCGACAGUGCAAAGAAAACAGCACCGGCUGCAAAGAAACGAAAAAGUGACUCAGCAAAACCACCCGCUAAAACCAAGGCCGAUUCUGCCGCUAAAUCUGCUAAGAAAUUGCCAGCGGAAAAGGACGAUGCAAAAAUCAGUGAGACAGCCGAUGAAAACCAAUCAACGCCUAGCACCAAAAGACUGGUAACACAGCGUAGAUUAGUCGACGAGACAAAUGAAGUGCAAAAUAAGGACGAUUCAAAGACAGACGCGGAAGUAUCCAAAGAUGGUGAAUCAGAGACAAAGGUUUCAAAAAUCGACGGCGAUUCACCAAAGCAGCCUAGUGAGAAGGAAUCGGCUGCUGAAUCAGUAGCGCAAUCGGGUCGAGCCACAAGACGUAGCAAAAACUAAGUUGAAAACGGAUGAAUUUGCAAUGUCACCAAGUAGAAUUACAACAGAAGUGAAAAACAAAGCAAAAAUCAAAGUUUCGACCAGGGAAACUUAUAUUUUCGACUCAAAACACUUAACAGAGUAUCAAAACAAACAAAUAAAAAACAGCAACAAUACACUGUGGAACGAUAUCAAACAUAAGAAUGUUUUCAAGCUCAAAAUGACUAAACGAAAAAGGAAGUAAAAAAAAUUAACAUAGACCGAGACAGUUAUUCGGAAAUAGGACGCAAAAAGAACGGAUUUACAAAUGACAUUUUGGAUAAUUGUUUACAUGAAAUUGUUUACAUUUUUUUGGUUUUUGAAAGAAAGAGAAAUCAAUAAACUGUUUAGGAAAAAUUAAGGACAAAAAAAAACGUAAAACCAAGAGUAAGAAGAAACGCAGAGAAUUUAGACAUUUAAAAAUGAAUUAAUCAAAGAACAGAGCUCUAUAGAUAUAGAACAAAUGGAAAAAAAAAUAUUAUUAACAAUGUUUGGAAUUUAACUUCAGAGACAAAAAAAGAAACAAAUAAAAAUGACAUAUGCACACGUUUAUUGAGAAUUUACACACAAACACACAGAGAGAGAAAAAUAAAGAAAAGAACAGAAAACAAUUUUCAUCACUUGCAUUAAAAAAUAUAUAUAUUAGAGAGUUAGGCUAGGUUUUACGAUUACAUAUUUGAUUUUUACCCGCCCAGGCUCAGAUUGCAACAACAGCAACACACACACACACAUUUAACGAUAUAUAUCACUCAUAGUGACUAACAUCUCUUGUUUUCUUUUCGAUGGACACAAACAGAAACUGCAUGCAAUAGAUCGUUUGUUUUAUUUUAUCGAAUUUCACCAACACAGAGAAAAAAACGCGUUAUUCACAUAUGAAUAUUUGCCGGGUAAAAGAGUAAAAAGUCACAGUAAUUUUUUUUUAUUAUAUAGCAUUUGUUGACCAAAUUUCGAAGUUUUUUUAUGAUUUUUUUAUUCAAUUGCUUGUGAUGCGAUAGCAAGGAAAUUGUAUUUAAAAAAAAACAUAUCCCGUUGAUUCGAGAGCAAAAAAAAGAAAGAAUUGUAUUAAAAUGUGCAUUGUCGAAAAUACAAUAAGAACUCUGUAUGUGCGCUUGAUCGUAACGCACGGCACACAAUUUUGGCCGAAUACAAAGAAAAUUUGAUAUUUCGAAAGAUUUUAUUUUUUUCGUUCAAAAUUUUUGCAUUUUUCAAAAGCGGUUUCAAAAAAAGAAAAGAAUAAUUAAAUCCUUAUUUUGAUAAAGUUUGGAUUGAAAAGGAGAGGAAAGGCGAAUAAAUCGCAUGAAAUAGCAUUUUAACCGAAUUGUAUUUGUUUUGUUUUCAUUUCUUUUUAAAAAAAACAUAUUUUCUAUGCUUGUAAUAAACAUUUGAGUUUUACAUAUGAAUUGACCUAUGUUACACUAAUUUUUAACACAUGAAUAGCAAACGCAGUAAUCACCAAAUAAUGAAAUGCAAAAUAAGUGUUUAUGAUUUUUUUAAACAGGCAAGAUGAGAAGAAGAAAAAUAGGCAUUAGCGCAAAGCCUUUUCUAUAAACAAUAAUUCAAUUCACUCACAUUCAUACGCAUAUAAAAAUGAUAUAUUAUACACACAACUUCUCAUUACCGACAAAACCCUCCCCCACCCUCUCUCACAAACACAGCUCAGUCUUGAUUCAAUGUUUAUGUACUUUUAAUUUUUCAUUCAAAUUAUUCAAUAAACAGAAAAAUUCUUUGACAAAAAAAAA